UGACGGGAUGUCAUUCUGUCAAAUGACAUCAAGAAACAAUCAAACGAAAUGAACCCUCAAAUUGAAAUCAAGAAAAGAAAUGAAAUCAACCCUCAACUGAAAUCAAGAAAAGCUUAAGAAAUUUGAGCGUGAUUCAGGUUUUUGUUUGCACUCUGUAGACAAGUGAUCUAGAGAGAAAGAGGGAGAUGGCUUGGAGAGGACAGCUAUCCAAGAAUCUUAAAGAACUCCGUGUUUUGUUCUGCCAAUCUUCCCCGGCAAGUGCCCAAACCAGAGAAUUUGUUCAGAAGAAUUACAAAGAUUUGAAGACAUUGAACCCAAAGCUGCCUAUAUUGAUCCGUGAAUGCAGCGGAGUAGAGCCUCAGCUGUGGGCCAGAUUCGACAUGGGUGUUGAACGAGGAUUUUAUCUGGAAGGAUUGACAGAAACACAGAUUGAAAAAGUGCUCGAGGAGGUUAAGAAAGCUGGAGCGACCUUCGAAGGAUGAAUUCCGGUGUUUGUAUUUUAUAUUUCUGGAUGAAAUGAACCAAGAACUAUGACAGAUUGCUUCUUUUGAGUGUCUGUGUUUGGUAUUUUGGAUGAAAUAAAUUAGGAACGAUGUGAAUUAUUUCCUUGAGGUGGCAUGCUGUUCUUCUGGUCAUGUUUGCUGUAAGAUAUCUCUUUGAGAGUGGAUCAUCAUUUAUUAGAUUACCAUUCUCGAAAAUCAUCUUGUGUACAUUUGGUAUCAGAUUAACAUUGCCCUGAAUUCAAUUAUCAAACACGUUUAAA